GGUUUCUCCGCGACUUUUUCCGCAGUUAAAUGCUUUUGAUUUCUAUUUUCGAUAUACAUAUGUGAAACCGGCUUCUAACGGUCGAUCUACUGCUGCCCAAAUGGAAAGCUCAUCAUCUAGUGAAUGAGGGUUAGGAAAUUUUAAAAAACAAAGUAAUUUUGAGUAUGUUUGAUUUCGAAUUAAGUAUCCGUCCAACUCUUUGCUACUCGAAUCACGGGAACCGUCGAGAACAGAACUGAGGAAAACCGAAGACACCAGCAGCAGCAGUCAUAAUUACGAGGUUAACCUUAAGAGUUGACACAAAUCCGGGCCAGCGCCAAAAGCGAGGUACGGCGGCCUCUGUCGCUCGUUCCCAGCAAUUAACUUCGAAUGACACCAAAUGCCACCGAGGCACGCCACCCGUCCACCAACUCGCCGAGUCGCCAUCAACAUCCACCAUCUGAAACCUAGAGGAGCCGAGCCGCUCCACGCCGCCCACCAUCGGAUCGCAAUUGCAAGUGAACGGCAACUUUGAUGCCGCCCACAAAGCGACAAAGUUUCCAUACCCUCGCCAAAGGGUAUCAUUAUCAUUAUUGGGCUCUACUGCGCAGUGAUUAUGUGUUUCAUUGCUUAGGACGACGUCAUUAGAUAUUUGUGUACUUCAGGGUUUUGAGAUACAGAGGGGUCUGUCUAUCUAGGCAUAUUUAUAUUCAUAAUAUUUAACGAUAUUAACUUGGCUAGAAUUCAUAAAAAACAUAAAACUGGGAAUAUUGCAAUUGAUCAUCUCUUCAAUGCUGAUACUUGGAUCAUCCUUUGUAAACUAUUAGUUCAUAUCUAAGAUGCAAAUAUCUAUGCCUCAAUCGCAGGGUAUUCAAAGUUCCGAUCCCGAAAUUCGGUUUCAGUUAGGCUUCUCUAUCCGCUGCUGACGAUGUUGAUGUUGUUGAUGAUGCCGUUGAUGCCGUUGAUGAUCUUAGCUGGCUUUGGGCAUGGGCAGUUUUGCGGUUUAUUUGAUCGGUGUUCGACUAGCAUUCCAUCUCCAUCGAUUUGUAUGUGGGACUGGAAGGCUGGGAUGGAAAGGGAGAGGAACGGGAAGUCUUACAAUUUUGUAACGAUCGAGAGAUGUGCCCCCGAUACACAGAGGUUCCCUUGUGAAGUGCAAUUGAAACACUGUGUGAAUUUUGUAAGCGCCGAGUUUUGUUUUGUCUGUAUGUGCCUGUUUCUGGGCGAGUGUGAGAGUGCUUGUGACUUGUAACUCCAUCUAAUGCAGCGAGAGAAAAGUAUCUUUGAAGUUGGACACAAUCGUUCUGAUGUCUGAUAUCGAAAGCAGCGAGAGAAAAGUAUCGUUGAAGUUCUGAUGUCUGAUAUCUACUCGUAAAAGCUUGCUUUUGAUUGUACUUAAGAGGAAUGAAUAGCUAGGCUCAAUUUUAUGCAGUUUUUUCUCAGUGUAUGAGCCUUGCUUGGCCACCACUCCCUACCUCGCCACCUCCCCCUGAGAAGCCCACGAUCUGCGUGGCUCAUUCAAUUCAAAUGGCUCGUGAUUUCGUAAGCCCGCUUUUGUUGUUGUUGCCCCCCUGGGGGAGCUGAUGGAGCUGCUGGAGCUGCUGGGUUGUUGCUGCUGCAGCGGAUUCGAGAUUCGAGGCCAUCGAGAGACGACUGCAAGUGCGACUUUGGCUGCAGUUAGACGUCUAGAGAUUUGCAGCAUUUUUCUCCGUCUGCGUUUUGUUUCUUUUUGUGUGGCGUGAUGACCUUGAGCCGCUCAUUUUAGCCAAGUGGCUCUGUGUGUUGGCCAAGUGGCUGAGUUGCCAGCAUGUGAGUGAGCAUGAGUCGGUUACCCAGUUCCAGUUACUUUUGGCAGCUCUCGUUGGAGCACUUUAUCUUUCUUCGCAGCACUGGCCAUUGAAAGUCGAGGCACAAAGUCAAUUACAAUAAACUAGAUAGUGUUGCGAACCGGGGUUGAGCCACUCAUACCACCCUUACCACAUAGUCCAGCCAUUCUAAUUCGACUGUACUGCGACUACUCUAAUAUGUUAUAUAAGAAUGGAAAUUGUUUUGAUAAUGAUUUUUAUUAAUGAUUGGCUUGCGAUGCCAUAACAAAAUAUAAUAAGAAAAAGCCAAAAUAAAAAUAUUUCUAAUCAUAUUUGUAAGCAAGCAGCUUUGGUCGUAUUUGGCUAGUCCCAAGAAAUUUAUUAGUUUGCAUUAUCUAUGAAAUAAAUAUGACUAAAAUAAUGCGUUCAAGAGCACUGUGUUUCAUAAUUUGGCGGUUUUCACCCAUUUGAGUACUCAGCAAUCUUCAGCUUCCGAUGAGGACCAUAACGUCAUCCUUCGAGUCAAGAGUUCUAGCAAGAGUAUUUGAAAACCGGCAUCUUAAAGAAAACUCGAUAUAUGAAGGAUAUAGUGUGGGUCAGCUAUACCCUUUAUCGGCUUGUCAAAUAUUUGUUUCAAAAUUUAUGCCCAAUGGAAAUCAAUUUUCUGGUGGGGCUGUUCAUGGGCUGCCUGGUAAUUGGUCUGGCCUUGGCUGUUGUUCCGGCGGAUCCGUUGCCCGCUCCCCUCAAGCUCUCCCUGACUGACCAACCAGAUUUUCGGCCACGCAGGCAUGGAGAGCCGCUGGAGAAGCGGUCAUUCGAUGACGAAGGCAUUGCAAUAUUUUUCCUGGAGGGAUCCGACGACGUCACAGUUGAUUGCGAUGAUCUCCGUUACGGACCGACCACGCCGGGAGGGCAAGCCCAGUUGACCGCUAGCUUGCUUUUUUGCAUCCCGAGCAGUCUGUUUAUUAGCCGCUUUGUAGAAUGAAUGAGAUAUGUGUUAUUGGAAAACCCACUA